AUGGAUCUUUCCUUUCUUAAAGAUAUUUAAGCUGUCAAACAAAGAUUUGAAAAUGCAAAGAGAGCUUUUAAAAUUUAGUACUUUGACGAAGAGAGGAAUAUGAAAUUUAGAUUUGGUAGAAUGCACCUGGGAAGUUACGCUGCAUUUGCUAUUGCAUAUUACAAUUUGCAUCAACUUUAGCAAAAAAUUAUAAAGCAGUCUAUUCAUUUGACAAAAUCCAAAAAUCCAAAAGUUAUAAAAUUUACAAAAGGAUAUCUUAAUAUAUUUUAUUAUAUUGGGCUAGUUGCUGUGUGGCAUAUACCAUCUAUAUCUAGCGAAAUAGCCUUUAAACUAUACUUUUCUACUGCUUCUGCUACUUAUGCUUUUUUUACUGUAAAUUAAAACAAUAUCUAAUCAUUAAUAUCUGAUUAAAAUAUUUAAGAUGUUUUUAACGAUUUAGAGACAACAACUAUUGAGUGA